AUGCACCAGCAGGCCUGCGGAUUAUUAUUGCUGACAGGCCAGCGCCACCCGAGCCCAGGCGGAGAGCAGCAGCGACUAUGGAGCGAUAGGAGCCAAUAUUUUGGGCUGUCGCGGGUGGCGUUACUUAACCUUACAAACAGCCUCACCUCCAGCACCAAAAAAAGGAACAAAGGAGAAAAGAUCGCCAUGGCCAGCAGAGAUGCUCCCCCAAAGCCCAUCCUGAAGACCUCCAUCCCGUCGACGCACGCGAGCUCUCUUGCGGCCGCAUCCCCUCCGACGUCGGCCGCGAAAAAGCAGCCACCGCAGCAGCAGCCGCAGGCGUCCGGGACAACCUCGAAAGCACAGAGUCCGCAACAGCAGCAGCAGCAGCAGUACCAGUACCGCAGCAAGAGGAAUCCUGCGCCUGAUCCCCGCCACCUGGCGAUUGCUCUGCACCAUGCCCACCGCAUCCAGGCGCAGAAGGACGCGGAGAAGCUGAUCCUCGACCGCAUCCUCGAGCUCGUCGCGUUCCCGUCAUCGCCCGACGCGGACCCCGCAGCGCCCUCCGCCGACGAUGCCAGGGCGUUCAAGGCGGCCCUCUUCCCCUUCCAGCCGUCGGACUACGACAAUCUGAUCCAGGAGCGCAACAUCGAGGGCCGGUGCGGUUAUGCGCUGUGUCCGAGGGAACACCGGAAGGAGGACCCCAAGGCCAAGUACCGUAUCAUAUGGGGUCCCAAGGGCAGCGGGCAGGGCGGACGCGGCCGCGAGAUGAAGGUCGUGCCCCGCGAGAAGCUGGAGAUGUGGUGCUCGGACGAGUGCGCUGAGCGGGCCAUGUACGUGCGUGUCCAGCUGGCGGAGGAGCCGGUCUGGGAGAGACGGCCAGAAGAAGAACCUGUCAAGAUCCAGUUGCUGGAGGAAGCGAGAGCGCAGAAGGCGAAAAGCGAUGGCAAUAAGAAGCAGAACGAAGCUUCCAGCUCGAACCAGGCCCCUGUUGAUCACAGCACCUCUUCCGCAGACGUCGUGGCGGACAGAUUCGAAAAACUCUCUGUGAAUGACCAGCCUGCUGCUCCUGCUCCUGCUCCUGCUCCUGCUCUCUCAGCGCAAGGUUCCAAGGAACUAGCGCUUGAAAGAGGCGACUCAAAUCCCGCCUUUCGCAAGAAGGGCCGGGUGGACGUGCAGAUCGUGGAGAAAGAAACCAACACGGGCAGCAGCUCGUCCGGUGCGAACGGCAUUCCAGCAGCGCCUGUCCUUCGUCCUGAAAACCGCACAGGGGGCUCCAUCGAAGGAUACGUGCCGAAGGAUCUCCACCGUCAAAAGGACGCUUCUCAGAAAGUUGGUAAAAAUGAUGAAGAUGAAGAAGAUGAUGAUGAUGAUGAUGACGAUGAUGAUCAAGAUGUGCUUGACCAGAUCUAA